AUGAGAACACAAGCGUUUUUAUGUGUAGUCCUCUUUAUAGGAGAGUAUAUAGCUGCACCUCUCGCAGAAAAAAAAGGUCACAAAUUUGUAGUAUCAAGAGAAAUAUUCGAUGACAAUUUCAUUAAAUGUAAAGCAAAACAUGAUAUCGUGGAUAUUAUGGUACCGUUGAAUGCUUUUACCUUGAAGACUAAUAUAGGUUUUGAUUCUAAUAGCAACAUCGAUAUGACGGUUUUCUUAGUAGAAGCUGAUCUUAAGAAUGGCAAACGUGUUGACAAAGGACUGUACUUAUGUAAGAAUGGUGAGGUGAAAAUGGUUCUGCCUAAUGGAAGAGCAGCGGCGGCUUCAUUUAACGAUGAAAAAAUAGUCUAUGUCGGAGCCAGCGAUGGUUUAUAUGUUUAUAAUGUUGAGUCCAAGUCCGCUGUUAAAUAUGGAAAUUUUUCCGAUAGCAUUAUUGAUAUCGGUACAAAUAUAGAUGGAAAACACAUUUACAUUCUGAGUGAAGAUCACAAAUUAUAUAAUGUGACAAAUGAAGGCGCAGACAAAGAGUUGCUCCAAGAUGUAGAAGAUGCCCAGGAAAUUGUUUUGGGUUAUUCUGAAAAUAUUUACUUCUAUGACUCGAAUAAGGAUGUAUUCAUUAAAAAUGCUGAUGGGGUUAUCAAAGUUCAGGGUCUACCGGAAGGCAGGAAAUCCCUUAAGCUUGUAAACCCAACGAUAAUGAUGGUGGAAGCGGUUCCUUUGAUUAUAGACAACGCUCUAUACUAUAUCAAAGCUAAUGGAACAGCUGAAGCUACUGGCGUGGAGUUCAGUGCCAAUGCGAAACCAACUGCUUAUGGCGCUUAUGCCACUCUUGUGCUGUACUACGCAUAUAAUAAAAAUCUGUAUGAAUUCUUUGUUGGGCCAAUGUUUAAAUAG